AUGAGUUCGACAAGCAGAGCUUGGAUCAUAGCUGCGAGCAUUGGAGCAAUUGAGGUUUUAAAGGAUCAAGGUUUUUGUAGAUGGAACUACGCUCUUAGAUGUUUGCAUCACCACACCAAGAACAAUAUGGGAUCCUUCUCUCAGGCCAAGAAGAUCUCUUGUUCCAUGGUCCUAGUGAGUAUGAAGUUGAUGACAGAUCAACAGAAGAUGAAGCAUUCCGAAGAAUCCCUUAGAAAAGUUAUGUAUUUGAGUUGUUGGGGUCCCAAUUGA